AUGGGCGUGGCGAAAAGAACCAGGAAGUUCGCCCAGGUCAAACGAACCCUCAGCAAGCGAGAUGAACGAUUGAAGCAAUCCGCAGGGAGUGCUGUUCUCAAGCGCGAGAAACCACAGAAAAAUGACAAUGAUGAAUUGACUCGACAUAUCCCAAGGGCUCCAUCGAAUCUGUUCUUUGCCGCGAACACGGCUCUUGGACCACCCUACCAUGUGAUCGUGGAUACCAACUUCGUUUUCCACUCCAUUCGGGCGAAAGUCGAUCUGCUCGCUGCGAUGAUGGAUCUGCUUUACGCAAAAUGUAUCCCGACUUUCACGGAUUGCACGAUUGCAGAACUCGAGAAGAUGGGCGAUAAAUUCCGCCUAGCACUUAGAGUCGCUAAGGAUACCAGAUGGGAAAGGCUCCGAUGUUCCCAUGCCGGCACGUAUGCGGACGAUUGCAUAGUCGAUAGGGUAUCGAAACACAGGAUCUACAUCGUCGGUACGAACGACAAGGAUCUAUGUCGGCGUUUGCGUAAAAUCCCUGGCGUGCCGAUCAUGAAAGUCGCAAGGGGGAAAUACACCAUCGAACGGUUGCCUGACUCGCUAUCAUAG